GUUUAUUAUGAGUCACACCGUUACAGAAUUUCUCUAUAUCAACUAUCAAUUAUCAUUUUAUUAUUUGGAACUCAAAAUUUUACCCCUUUUUAAUUUAAUUUUAUUUAUCAAUAAUUAAUAAAUUUCAAUUUUUCAUAAAAACAAAAUUGACAAAUGAAUUAAAAUCACACCCAAAAAAAUAAUAAGAAGAAUAAUAAAUGUAAUAAUAAAAUCCUGAAAAUUGAAGGAUAAUUUGCAUCUUUUCUUCCACUUCUUUCCCCGCCUUCAGCAGCGGAGUCCGUCCACCUCCGGCCACUCUCAUUUACUCAUUAGCCAAGUUUUUUUCCGGCGACGAAAACCCGUAUCAGCUUGCUUUAAUGACUCUUAAGCUUUCGGCAUCGUCAACCACGCCAUUGUCCGCCUCAUCCUCACUCCGACCACCUCCUCCUAAUUCUCGAACUCACAACAUUCCAUUGCAUGUGUACAAGCACCCAGCUGCAAUCCUUCUGGAGCUCUGUAAUUCCAUGAAAGAACUCCAGCAAUUUCUCCCUCUCAUUAUCAAGAACGGCCUUUACAACGAACACCUCUUCCAGACGAAGCUGGUCAGUUUGUUCUGCAAAUUCGGCAGCUUAAAUGAUGCCCUCAAGGUCUUCCAGCCGAUUCAAGAAAAAAUCGAUCUCUUGUACCAUACUAUGCUCAAAGGCUAUGCUUACCAUUCUUCUUUGGCCUCUGCUUUGACGUUUUAUGUUUCCAUGAUGAAUGACGGGGUUCUGCCGGUGGUUUAUAAUUUCACGUAUUUGCUUAAAUCUUGUGCUGAUAAUUUCGAUGUUGUAGCGGGGAAACAGAUUCAUGCGCAGUUGAUUGUUAAUGGGUUUUCUAGUAAUGUUUUUGCGAUGACGAGUGUUGUGAAUUUGUACGCGAAAUGUGGGUUGAUUGAUGAUGCGUAUAAGAUGUUUGGAAGAAUGCCUGAGAGGGAUUUGGUGUGCUGGAACACUGUUAUUGCUGGGUUUGCCCAGAACGGGAUGCCGAAGAAAGCUCUGAAAUUGUUCUCGGAAAUGCAAGAGGUGGAAGGACUCUGCCCUGAUGAAGUUACUGUUGUCUCCGUUUUGCCUGCCUGUGCUAGUGUCGGGUCUUUGAGGGUUGGGGAGACGAUUCAUGGAUAUGUUAUUAGGAAAGGAUUAAUCUCGUUCGUGAAUGUUGGGACUGCCCUGGUUGAUAUGUAUGCAAAGUGUGGCUUGGUUCAGGCCGGACGGUUGAUUUUUGAUGGGAUGAACUAUAAGACCGUGGUCUCAUGGAAUGCUAUGAUCGAUGGAUAUGCACAGGCUGAAAAUUCUGAAGAGGCCUUGAAACUUUUUGAUAGAAUGCUGGAUGAAAAAUUGAGGCCAAGUAAUGUUACCCUCAUGGCUGCUCUACAUGCCUGUGCUGACAUGGGCAAUCUUAAGCGUGGACAAGAAAUCCAUGACAUGAUUAAUCAGCUGGGAUUAGGUUCUGACGUUUCACUUGUGAAUUCGUUGAUCUCCAUGUACUGCAAGUGCAAAAGGGUUGACAUUGGUUAUGAAUUAUUUGAAAAGUUGCGCCAAAAAACUCUAGUCUCCUGGAAUGCAAUCAUUUUAGGUCAUGCACAAAAUGAACAUGUGACCAAAGCUUUGGCUCUUUUCUCUGAGAUGCAAUCGCAGAAUAUCAAACCUGAUUCAUUUACAAUGGUGAGUGUCAUUACUGCAAUAGCUGACUUAUCUGUGUUACGUCAGGCCAAGUGGAUCCAUGGUCUAGCUAUUAGAAACUCUUCAGACCGGAACAUUUUUGUCAUGACUGCUCUUGUGGACAUGUAUUCAAAAUGUGGAGCUGUUCACACAGCUAGAAAGCUUUUCGAUAGGAUGGGUGAAAAGCAUGUGACGACGUGGAAUGCCAUGAUAGAUGGAUAUGGGACACAUGGGUUUGGGAAGGAAGCAGUGGAAUUGUUUGAUGAGAUGCGAAAGACAGAUACGGCACCAAAUAAUGUGACCUUUCUCUCUAUCAUAUCAGCUUGUAGCCAUGCAGGAUUUAUGGAGAAGGGUCGCGAAUAUUAUUCGAUGAUGAUAAAUGAAUAUGGCUUAAAGCCCUCAAUGGAUCACUAUGGUGCAAUGGUUGACCUAUUAGGUCGAGCUGGUCGGCUUGAUGAUGCUUGGAAAUUCAUAGAAAGCAUGCCAGUUACACCAGGAAUAAAUGUCUACGGAGCCAUGCUGGGUGCCUGCAAAAUACACAAAAAUGUUGAUUUGGGUGAGAAGGCUGCAGAGAAACUGUUCGAAUUAGGUCCUGAUGAUGGUGGAUACCAUGUACUUCUUGCUAACUUAUAUUCCAUUGCUUCAAAGUGGGACAAAGUGGCCAAAGUAAGAAAUUUAAUGGAGAAGACAGGAAUUCAAAAAACCCCAGGAUGGAGUUCAGUGGAUCUGAAGAAUGAGAUUCAUAAUUUCUAUUCAGGGAGCAUAAGCCAUCCACAAUCUAAAAGGAUUUACUCAUAUCUGGAAGAAUUGAUGGAUAAAAUUAAAGCUGCUGGAUAUAUUCCUGAUACGAAUUCCAUACACGACGUGGAAGAUGAUGUACAGGAAAAGUUACUGAAUAGCCACAGUGAAAGGCUGGCUAUUGCUUUUGCACUCCUAAAUACUAGUGAGGGUACACCUAUCCACGUUAGAAAGAAUCUCCGAGUUUGCGCCGAUUGCCACACUGCAACAAAGUACAUCUCCCUAGUAACCAAAAGAGAAAUUGUUGUACGAGAUAUGCGCAGGUUUCACCAUUUCAAGGAUGGGGCUUGUUCUUGUGAAGAUUACUGGUGAUACCUGUUCUAAAUCUUAGCGUUAGUGCUCACUUGUGGAUAUGAAUGUACAAGGGAGAUCAUACAUAAAGGGGAGGAGGUUGCUCGCAUUUGGUUUCUGACCCCCCAAACUUUCUCGUAAGUAGAACCAUUGGGGCUAUAUUCUGUCAUCAGAUUUCUCACAUUGUAAAUGAGACGUCGAUGUAAGUUCUUACGACACUGGGAGAAUCACAUUGUAUACUUAUGCGAUCAUUGAACAUAUCAUUCUUUUUCAUGAUUAAUCUGCUGUGGUUUCUUAAGUGGAGAUGAAUUGUAGUAUCUGUGAAGUGAGUUGAGGGGUAAUGCAAUACCAAGAUAUUGGGCUACCUUAUGAAUCUCAAAACUUUUCGAGCUUUCAAAUUGGAUAAGAGGGCUCAAAGAGAGCGAGGGGUUUCCCAGGAACCAGGACAGACAUGCGGAGUCUUCACUGUUAUGGUGUCUCUCAACCUUCAUUGACAUAUCAGCAUCUCUGGGAUCUGUUUGUUUUUGACGAAUACGGUGAGUGAACAAGUAACUUUGUCAAAUGCGGUAUUUUUUCGAAUUCAUGGAAGUGCGUUCCAGGGAGGAAUGUGCAAUUUUGCCUCAGUUUUCAGUUCCCUGACAGCUUUUGCAGCUGUAUUCGGUCUGCAAGGGAAACUUACAAGAAAUGACCAAACUUUACCAUGGGUUUAUUUUGCAAUUUUACAUUUAUUGGGUUUUGUUUAUAGAUAAAACCAUUUUUUGGCUAGUUUGAGUAAUACUGCACAUACCAACUAAUUUAAAUUCGAACAUAUAAAUAAAUACUCCCUCCGUAGUUUGUCC